AUGACCAGAGAUAUCCAAAACCAUUUGCUCUUUGAGGUCGCCACGGAAGUGGCGAACCGUGUGGGCGGCAUCUACUCGGUGUUGAAAUCGAAAGCGCCAAUUACCGUCGCUGAAUACCGUGAGCGCUACACGCUCAUUGGCCCACUCAACCAGGCUUCCGCGGCGGUGGAGGUUGAGGAAUUGCCAGUUACAGAUGAAAAAAUCAAAGUCACGUUGGACAGCAUGUCUGAGCGUGGGGUCCGCUGGUUGUACGGGCGUUGGUUGAUUGAAGGCGCGCCGCGUGUGUUGCUUUUCGACGUCGGCUCUGCUUCCUCGCACUUGGACGAGUGGAAGACGGACAUGUGGGAGAUGGCCGGCAUCCCCACACCCGAACACGACCCUGAAUCGAACAAUGCUAUUCUUCUCGGGUACCUUGUGGCGUGGUUCCUCGGCGAAUUGGUGUACAACGACCGCGAGCGUGCGGUAAUCUGUCACUGCCACGAGUGGCUUGCGGGAGUGGCCUUACCGUUGUGCCGCAAGCGUAAGAUUGACGUCACCACCGUCUUCACCACGCACGCCACGUUGCUUGGGCGCUACCUCUGCGCCGGUUCCGUUGAUUUCUACAACAACUUGGCCAACUUUGACGUGGACGCCGAGGCCGGGAAGCGCGGGAUCUACCACCGCUACUGCAUCGAGCGCGCAGCCGCACACUCCGCGGAUGUGUUCACCACCGUAUCGCACAUCACCGCGUACGAAUCAGAACACCUUCUCAAGCGCAAGCCAGACGGUGUCUUGCCGAACGGGCUUAACGUGGCAAAGUUUUCUGCCGCCCACGAGUUCCAGAACUUGCACGCUAAUAGCAAGGAAAAGAUCAACGAGUUUGUGCGCGGACACUUCUACGGGCACUACGACUUUGAUCUUGAAAACACCUUGUACUUCUUUAUUGCCGGGAGGUACGAGUACCGCAACAAAGGUGCAGACUUCUUUAUCGAAUCGCUUGCGCGCUUGAACCACCGCUUGAAGGAACUGGGCUCAAAGAUGACGGUUGUCGCCUUCAUCAUCAUGCCGGCAGCCACCCAGUCCUACACCGUGGAGACCUUGAAGGGCCAGGCCGUCAUCAAGCAGUUGGAGGGCACCAUCAGGGAGGUUCAAACGUCGAUUGGUAGACGUUUGUUCGAGCACUGUGCGCGUCACCAGCCACAGGGCCAGGAGUUGCCGACUUUGGAUGAGCUCGUCCGCCCGGCUGACAGGGUAUUGCUCAAGAGACGUGUGUUUGCGCUCAAGCGUGAUUCCUUACCACCAGUGGUGACCCACAACAUGGCGGACGAUGCCAAUGAUCCAAUCUUGAACCAGGUCCGUCGUGUGAAGUUGUUCAACGCGCCAGAGGACCGUGUGAAGGUUAUUUUCCACCCAGAGUUUUUGAACGCCAACAACCCGAUCUUGUCGCUCGACUACGAGGACUUUGUCAGAGGCACCCACUUGGGGGUUUUCCCGUCGUACUACGAGCCGUGGGGCUACACUCCUGCCGAGUGUACCGUCAUGGGGGUUCCAUCCAUCACCACCAACCUCUCAGGCUUUGGCUGUUACAUGGAGGACUUGAUCGAGAACUCCAGCGACUACGGGAUCUAUAUUGUUGACAGACGCAUGAAGUCGGUUGACGAGUCCAUCGACCAGUUAACCACCCAGAUGCUCGACUUUACCAAGAAGACCCGCCGCCAGAGAAUCAACCAGAGAAACAGAACCGAAAGGUUGUCUGACUUGUUGGACUGGAAGCGUAUGGGCUUGGAGUACAUCAAGGCCAGACAGCUCGCGUUGAGACGCGCGUACCCGGAUAAGUUCAAGAACGGCGCCGAUCCGUUUGCGGACGCUGUCACCCAGAGGGUCUCCAGGCCGCUUUCAGCGCCAGGUUCGCCACGCGACAGGAGCAUGUUGAUGACCCCGGGCGACUUGGGGUCGUUGCAGGAGACGUCUGAGCAGAUCAACACAGAGGACUAUGUUGCGUUCAAGUUGUCGACGGACGAGGAUGAACGCGAAGACGAUGGGUUCCACUAUCCGAUUACGUUGAGAGGGACGUCAGCGCCGCCAGAGAAGAAAUAA